UUGCUUCACACUUUCUUCGAGGGCUGCACUAAUAACUGCCAUCAUCAGAAGACACAGACCCAGGACGCCAACAAAGCCAGCGUUGGGAAUCCUCGGAAUGAACGCCACGUCCGGGCAAGGCUUCAACGUGUCUGAGCCGUGUCCCCGAGACACUCGGAUAGCACAGCUGCUGUUCCCCAUCCUCUACACGGGGCUGUUCUUCACCAGCAUCCUGCUCAACACCGUGGCCCUGUGGGUGUUUUGCCACGUCCCCAGCUCCUCCACCUUCAUUGUCUACCUCAAGAACACACUGGUGGCCGACCUGAUAAUGACCCUCAUGCUUCCUUUCAAAAUCCUCUCCGACUCCCACCUGGCACCCUGGCAGCUCAGGGCCUUCGUGUGCCGCUUCUCUGCUGUGAUCCUCUACGAGUCCAUGUACGUGGGCAUCAUGCUGCUGGGCCUCAUUGCCUUUGACAGAUGCCUCAAGAUCAUCAGACCUUUCAGGACUGUUUUCCUGAAAAAGACAAGUUUUGCGAAAGCAGUCUCCGUCUUCAUCUGGUCCCUUUGGUUCUUCCUCUCCUUGCCAAAUAUGAUCCUGAGCAACAAGGAAGCCACACCGUCCUCGGUGAAGAAGUGUGCCUCCCUCAAGGGUCCCUGGGGACUGAAAUGGCACCAAGUGGUAAAUGACAUUUCCCAGCUGGUUUUCUGGACUGUUUUUGUCCUGAUGCUCCUGUUUUAUGUGGUGAUCGCACAAAAGGUCUACCGCUCUUACAGGAAGUCCCAAAGCAAAGACAGCAAAAGCAAGAAGAGGCUAGAAGGUAAAGUAUUUGUCAUCAUUGCUGUCUUCUUUGUUUGUUUCGCUCCGUUUCAUUUUGCAAGAGUGCCCUAUACUCAAAGUCAAACCAACAGCAAAAUGGACUGCAGGUUACAAAACCAACUGUAUAUUGCAAAAGAGGCAACUCUCUUCUUGGCAGCUAUGAACAUCUGUAUGGAUCCCUUAAUAUAUAUAUUCUUGUGUAAAAAAUUCACUGACAGGCUAUCAUGUAUGAGAGGGAGAAGAACUUCAGGCUCAAACCAAGAGACUCACAGUAGUCACACAGACGACGUAAUUCUAGCCUGACAACUUGACAUGUGGCUAACUUGUAUUUAUUGAUGCACUUUA